GGCAGGAUUUCCUGUCCUUUUUAGAGCUACUGGCGGAAGUCACGACCUUUGCCGAGGCUCAGGGAGUUUUGCUGGUUUGUCGUCGUAGCUGCUUUCGGCACGAAAGAUGCCGGGCCUGACGGCCGCAACUCCUGCCCCGUCUGAGUCGCAGGAGAAGAAGCCACUGAAGCCCUGCUGCGCCUGCCCAGAGACCAAGAAGGCGCGCGAUGCGUGUAUCAUCGAGAAAGGAGAAGAGCAAUGUGGACACCUAAUUGAGGCCCACAAGGAGUGCAUGAGAGCCUUGGGAUUUAAGAUAUGAAAAUGGUGGUCUGCUCUGAGAAAGAAUUUCAGAAGAAAGAAGAUUAAAUAACUGAGAAUUCUUUAAUGUCUUGGUAAAAUGGAAAAAGUAUUUAUAAUUUAUUA